AAACCCCUGUAGGAGACACUGUGGCCAUGCAAAAAAGUCCAAGUAAUGAAUUUGUUACUACAACACAGGGUUAUCAAGAAACUUCUCGUUCUCGUAAAAAACUCCACUUUAAUCUUGAAAAUCAAGAAUUACAUGAACCACUACCAAGCGAUGAACAAGAUAAAUUAGAACCUAUGCAAAUUGAAGAUGACCAUAGUGAUUUUAUUGAAUCGAGCAACGAAGAUGAAUCAAAUAAUGAAGAAUCUGGUGAUUUUAACAAUCAUCAAGAUGUACAGAUGCAUGAUGGUUCUAUAGAACGCGGAAUAAAGUUUGCUGCUAGUCAGAUAUCGACUGUUGAACGUGAAAGAUAUGUACGUGCUAAACAAAAACGCAUAGAAGAA